GCCAUAUUCCAUCUUUCAAAGAUAAGCUAUUGUCCUCUGAAUUAAUGAUGGACAUAAACCUAAUAAACCAAGAAAUUCCCUCAUCUCCUACUAAACCAAAUAUCCAACAACCUCAUGGGUCUGAUCAAGAAGACCUAAUGCUACUAGAUACUCCUUCUUCCAGUGCAAAACAAUAAACCACCACCAUCUCCUUAGCUAAAGGAAUAAAAGAAAUCACCCUAACAUCGGAAGACAGAAGUAGAAUGUAUACACCAUGGAAAUAUUCUGUGAUUGUUAAAUUGGUAGGAAAGAGAAUUCCACACCAAUAUCUAAAAGAAAAAAAUCACAAAGCUAUGGAAACCCACUGAUCCAUUUCCCCUAAUUGAUUUGGGCCAUGAUUUUUUCAUUAUCAAAUUUUUCAAAGAAGAAAACAUGACUAUAGCACUCCAGAGUGGUCCAUGGUUUAUCAAUGGAUAUUUUCUAUCAACAAGGCAGUGGGAACCAAAUUUUGUGGCAGGAAAAGCAAAACAAAUUCACACGGCAAUAUGGGUUCGCCUACCACAACUACCCACAGAAUUCUACGAUGGAUUAAUCCUGAAAAAGAUUGGAAAUUCUAUAGGAAGGCUACUCAAAAUUGAUGCAUGCACCAGUUCCACCCUUAGAGGCCGAUAUACACGCCUUUGUGUGGAACUACCACUAGAUCAACAUGUCCAACAGUGUAUACUAAUUGGAUCUCAUCUCCAACAGCUUGUCUAUGAAGGAAUUAAUUUCCUCUGCAAGCUACCUUGGUCAUACAGUUACCUCAUGCACAAUUACUUCACCAAGGACAGGAAAUUUGCAAGAUCCUAUCGCCCAGGAACAAGGCAAGGAAACUAACAACUCAAUUACAUCUCCCUCACCAGAGGACCAAUGGCAAGUGGUGUCUUUCAUCAGGCGAAGAAACCAAAGAACAAGGGAUUCUGUUGAGAAUAAAUAAAAAAAUUCUCCGCCAAAAAUUAUUGCACCAGGUAACAGUAUAGAUGUAAAAAUCUAUGAUGCAGCAACAGGUAAGUAUCUCAACUCUCAAAAACUAGUAUAUAAAGCUUUAAAUACUCCUACAUCUUCUACCAUUAAUGAACCUAAUAAUGUUAAAAAGAGACUUCCUCCCACAAAAAAGGAAGAAGGUUUAAUGCCUAUCUAUAAUAAAUUUGAUUCCCUCAAUACUCCAAAAUUUUCAGCCAUUAAUAGUGUAAAUCCAAACUCCUCCUCCAAUUUUGAUCAAAUUCUUCCGUUAAGUCCAAAGUACCCCAUGGACCCCACUAACCAAGCCACUCCUAUGGAUACAAGUGGCAACCCCAAGCCAUGCAAGCAAAACCCUAAUCCACUUGACAGCUCAAACCUCUCUUCCUACACGCAUAAUACCUCCUUCCCCUCAAAAUCUCUAGAACUCGUUCAACACUUGGCAGAGGCCUCUGGCCAAAUGGCAACUCCAAACAUUUCACCAAUCACAAAUAAUCUUCUUCUCCAAUCUUCCCUUUCCCCCUUGCAUGCAAAAUCUUCAUCAUUAGAUUUGCAAUCAUUUGCACCAGUUUUUUACUCUUCUACCACCCAUAUAACUCACCCUCCCCAACACAGUAUUCGAACACAGUCUUCUCCUCCAAUAUCAUCUACUCCAACAACUCAUAAUCUAUAAGGCAAUGGACAAUCUCCCCCCUUUCCACCUCAAAUCCCAUUCCACUCACCAACCUUCGUCUCUCAACUUCUGAAUCCCCACCAAGAUCCCCAAAGCUGGAUAGAACAAGGCUUCCUAGGCCAUGCAGCCUCCUUUCCGAUGAUAAUCAAUGGCCAGGAAGUAUGGAUUAUUCUUCAGAAUCCGAACUUUCUAGAAUAAUUAAUUUCGGAAGGCAUGGCCCUAGCAAUGAGGAACUACAUCAACCACAUCUGGCUAGCCAAUGUCCUAGAUCCAUUAGCCCCAACCAUCACACCUGCAUUGCUUCACAACAUGCAAGCAAGUGGAACCUAUCGCACCACUUCAAUCCACCCAACAACAUGGAGCUACUGUAUCAACUCCCCUUCUUCACCCCGGUCAACCAAGUAACCAACCAUCCAAUCUUCUACCCUUGGUAUCCUAUCCCUCAGCAUCACCCGAUCCCCAUGGACUUCCACCACCACCAACAACCUCCCUUUCGAACAAGAUCAAGAAGAUCCAGAGAUACCCGAAGAACCGAUAGAGGAAGUAAUAGCUCCACCGGUUAGGGGAUCGUUCACCGAGAUUUCAAGCCUCAGAGAAGCAACUCUCAUGCUAUUUCAAGAACUGGAAGACAUAAAAUACAUUCUCAGGUGUCCAGUGGCGCUUUACAAAUGCUCAAUCGACAUUCGCCUUCCCAUUCUUCAAGCAACGGGGAAUUUUGCUGCGGUUCUAAGUACCUCCCUAAGACAGGUCAAUUACCUCCUUCACCAAGGAGCAGGGAACAGUCACCACAACCCAAAUCACCUAUCAAUGAAUAGCCCAAUGAGUUUAGUUGUAUGGAAUAUACGUGGGGCUAACAAUGAUGAAUUUAAAAGGAAUUUCAGGGAACUGUUGCAUACACACAACCCAUGCAUGAUUGCCUUUCUGGAAACAAAAAUGGUAGAUCAUACACCCUUUAGGGAUGAGUUUCACUUCUCUAACAUGUUAGAGGUCCCAGCAGUAGGCCAUGCGGGUGAUAUUGUAGUGCUAUGGUAUGGAAAUUUAGCCACACUGAACCUUGUUAGCAGAUCCCACCAUGAAAUUCAUGCCAUGCUUCAGGUAUCUCUCGUCCAAUCUCCCUGCCUUAUUAGUAUUCUAUAUGCUAGUACAUGUCUAAAUAUGCGAAAAGACCUUUGGAAUAGCCUUUGUAAUAUAGCUGACAACUAUCAGGGACCAUGGUUAGUUGGAGGGGAUUUUAAUGAAAUCCUAUCCCAAAAUGAAAAGUGGGGUGGCAGACCUCUUAACUCUAAUCGGGCUUCACAGCUUUGGUCUUGCAUAAAUUAUUGUAAUUUAUUAGAUCUUGGUUUUAAAGGGGCUAAAUACACUUGGACUAAUUGUCAUAUUAAUUCGGGAGGUCUUAUCUUAGAGCGGUUAAAUAGAUACCUCGCUAACACCUUAUGGAUUAACCAAUACCCUAAUGCUCUCGUCACCUACCUCCCGAGAACCCACUCAGACCAUGCCCCAACUCUUCUCCAAUUUAAAGGAAAAGAGCCUCCUCACAGCAAAAACUAUUUAUGCUCGAAACUUACUGGUGCUAUAGUACGGAGUUUGAAAAUAUUGUUAAAAACUCGUGGCAAAAUAGACACCUCCUUGAAGCCACAGAAUCUUUUCAACAUAAUGUUGUUCUCUGGGCAAAAGACACUUUCGGGGGCUCUAAUAAAAAGAAAAGAAGAAUCCUUGCAAGGCUGAGAGGAAUCCAAUCAUCCAUAAAUUACCCAUACAAUCACUUCUUACACCUCCUUGAAAAGGACCUAAUAUCUGAAUACAACAGUAUUCUUAAAAUUGAGGAAGACUAUUGGAAAAUACAUUCCCGUUUAAACUGGCUUAACGAUGGGGACACCAAUAUAAAAUUCUUCCAUCUAAGUGUCGUCAAUCGUAGAAGGAAAAAUACUAUCUCAUAUUUUAAAGACAAUGAAGGUAACUGGAUCCAUGAUCCAGCCCAAAUUCUAGUCCAUACAUUCUAAUAUUUCCAAAAGGCCUUUCAAACGGACCACAUAGAUACUCCUAUAAAAAAUAUUUAAAAUUCACAAACGCCCUUAUAACUUAGAUCUCUCCUCAUUAGAUUACCCAUUAUGGGACUACGAAGUCUCUCGAGCAAUUUUUUCCUUCAAACCUUUUAUGGCCCCAGGCACGGAUGGUAUUCACCUCUUUUUUUAUUAAAAAUAUUGGCAUAUAGUUAAGAAUCUGGUUCUAUCAUUUUGUCAUAAAAUUUUCAAGGACCUUUCCAUUCCAACAACACUCAAUUCUACUUAUAUCUGUCUCAUCCCUAUGUUUCACAAUGCUAAUAAUCUAAAAAACUCCCGACCUAUCGGUCUCUGUAACACCAUCUAUAAGGUAGUUACAAAAAUUAUAGUGAAUAGAAUCAAGCCCUUCCUCGAUAAAUUAAUUGGCCCAUGUCAAUCUACUUCCUAAAGGGCCGAAGAACUUGUGAUAACGCCAUCAUGAUUCAAGAAAUCAUAAACCACUUCCAAAAAUAAGGGGUCAACAAGGAAAUGUUCUCCUUAAAAUUGAUUUGGAAAAAGCUUUCGGCCGUCUUGAAUGGUCAUUCAUUUACCGGGCUUUACUUUUCUUUAAAUUUCCCCCUCGCAUCACUAAACUUAUUAUGAGUUGCGUUAGCACUUCCAGAAUUGCCAUCUUAGUCAAUGGCUCCAAAACAGAAUUCUUCCAUCCCUCAAGAGGCAUUCGUCAAGGCAAUCCAAUGUCUCCCUAUCUCUUUAUCCUAUGCAUGGAAUUACUGUCAAAAUAUAUUAACCACCAAGUCAACAUCGGACUCUGGGACCCGAUAAAACUCAAUCCCACUGGCCCUCCCAUCUCUCACUUGUUCUAUGCGGACGACUUAACACUCUCUGCCAAUGUUAACUCAAAGUCCAUCCACACAAUCAAACAUAGCCUCACAUUCUUCUCCCAACUUUCGGGCCAAAAAAUCAACAAUUCUAAAUCAAAAAUUAUCUUUUCACGAAAUUGUGAUGCCCAUACAAAGAAUCAGUUUGCCAAUAUUUUGGACAUCCGACCCAGUGAUAACUUUGGAAAAUAUGGGUUUCCCAAUUCUCACUCAAAAACCCAAAGCAUCUGAUGUGCACUACAUCAUUGAUCACAUGAACACAAAACUUGCCAGUUGGAAAACAAACUUCAUUUCAAUUGCAGAAAGAACAACCCUCACUAGAUCAACUCUAAACGCUAUCCCGAACCAUGUAAUGCAAUAUAUCACGCUCCCUGCAUCCACUCUAAAGUGAAUUGACAAAAUCCAAAGAGAUUUUAUCUGGGGUACCACCACUCAAAAACGGAAAAUUCACUAUAUCAAAUGGUCCACAAUCACUCAGCCGAAACAUGCUGGGGGUCUGGGACUCAGGAAAGCAGUAGAUAAAAAUAUGGUAUCCCUAGCUAGCCUCUCCUGGCGACUAUUCAACAAUCCUAGUUCUCUAUGGGCCUCCACUCUUAUUUCUAAAUACAGCCAUAAAAGAAACCACAUCUCCAAUUCAUUCAUCUAGAAUAACAUCAUAACAGGCUGUAAAAUCUGUAAUCAAGGCCUACAUUGGAUAGUGGGCCCAGGUAAAAUUAACUGUUGGACCUCUGCAUGGAUCCUAGGGCUCCCACCAUUAAAUUCAAUCAUCCAGGGACCAAUCAACUACAAUGACCAAAAACUCAAAGUCAAAGACCUCUGGGGAAUAAACUCUUGGGAUCUCAUAAAACUAUCAUUUACUCUGCCCACAGAAAUAAAAAACAAAAUCCUUUCCAUAAAUCUGGACUCCUUCACCAGUGCUAGGGACAUACCCACAUGGGCCCACACCUCCAAUGGUAUCUUUUCCUCCAGCUCUAUAUACAAGUUAAUCUCACCGCCACUUCCCAACAGUUUUAAAUUCCAAUGGAUCUAGAAACUCAACACGCUCCAUAAGGUUAAAUACUUCCUGUGGCAAUGUUCCUACAAUCAUCUUCCUACUCAUAGUUAUUUGCAUCAAAUCGGACUAAACAUCAACACCCCUCUGUCCUAUAUGUAGAGCAGCGGAGGAGUCACUUAUUCACAUUUUCUUCAAAUGCCCCAUAGCCACCAAAUUUUGGAGCGACGCUCAACUCAACCUUCCUCCCUUUCAACAGAGCCCCGAUCAUUGGCUCACUACCUUAAAGAUUUGCACAAAACUUUGGAUCAAUGGGAUAUCUCUUGGGAUAUGUUCUUUCCAUUAGCUAUAUGGUCUCUGUGGCUAAAUCUUAAUAAUAACUCUUUCAACAAUAAAUGCAAACAGAUAUCGCUAGAAAUAGUACUAGUACGUUGCAAAGAGUUUAUGUAUUAUACCAAUUCGUCAAACCAUGUUCCUCCGUCUAUUAUCAUCUCGAUCAAAUGGCUCCCCCCAACACACCCCUCCUUAAAACUUAACAUUGAUGGGGCCUUCAAAGGAAAAUAUAGAAAAGGGGGCAUCAGGGGAAUCUUCAUAAAUCGCCGUGGGGAUUGGAUUUUGGGUUACCACAAUUCUGCCAUAGCCUAUACCCCUGCCUACAUGGAACUCUUAGCCCUCAAAACUGGUCUUCAACUAGCUUUUGACAAAAAAUUUAUUAAUCUUGAAAUUGAGACCGAUGCAACAGAUGUAAUUUCUUUGCUCAAUAAUGAUACUUGUUCUAUUUACUGUAACUUGGUUAUUGAGUGCAGGUCACUACUGAAGAAAUUGCAGAAUCUGAAUCUGCCGAUCCGGCAUAGCUUCAGUGAAGGGAACAAGAUUGCGCACUUUUUGGCCACUCAAGGAUCCAAGCAAACAAGUAGUUCCACUCUCUAUCUGAUGAAACAACCUUCAAACUCUCUUUCGAAAGCCCUCCAUGAAGACAAAAUUGGAAGCACUAAACGUAGGACAAUAUCUGCUGCUGUAAUUACCAAAUUAGUAGAACUUGGAAAUCCUUAUAUAACUUGCACUACUAAUGUAGACAAUAUGGUGGCCGAAUCUAUGAAUGAGCCCAAUAGGACUCUCUAUCUUUGUAAUAGUACUAGGUAAGUAAUAAGAAGUUCGUAUUUCCAUAAAUAAAUAAAAAAGAUGUGCCACGUCAUCUCUUAAUGGCCCUCCUUUAUAUAUAGAUGAUAAGCAACGUUCCAAUUGUUUAAGGUAUCCUGUGUGCACCCUUAUCAUUCUUCUCUAGAAAAACCAAACAUGCAAAAUCUCAUAAACCCAUAUGAAACAAUGUUUUUAGUUCGAUUUGUCUCUUACAGACCCUUUAUACACAGAUUAAUCUUUCAAUCUCCACUCUGUUUUUCUCCUUCACGUCCAUUUUCAUCAUCUCAAAUACAAAAUUCUGAUGACAUCAACCUUGUCAACUACAAAGAUUGGUUAAGCCCAAACGAGGUCAUCAAAAUUUUCCAAAAUCUAAAUGACCCAAAUUCAGCUUUAAAUGUACUUAAUCAAAUCUCAAAACGAAAAGAUUACAAACCCAAUGAAGCCAUUUAUAGUGUAGUUGUCAAAAACCUAGCAAUGGCUAAGAAUUUUGAUGCAAUUGAGACACUUAUGGAGAAAAUCAAAUUUGAAAGAAAGUGUAGACUUUCUGAUGAGUUUUUCUAUAAUGUUAUUAAGAUUUAUGGGCAUGUAGCUGGUAGAAUUAAUAGAGCAAUCGAGACCCUUUUUGAUAUGCCUAAUUAUAAGUGCUGGCCGAGUGUGAGAACUUUCAAUUUUGUUCUGAAUUUGUUAGUGAAUACUAAACAAUUUGAUGUUGUUCAUAAGGUGUAUAUUCGUGCUUCUGAGUUGGGUGUUGAGAUUGAUGCUUGUUGUUUGAAUAUCAUCAUUAAAGGGUUGUGUCGUUGUGGGGAGCUCGAUGCUGCAUUCAAGGUGUUCGAUGAAUUUCCUAAACAAAAUUGUCAACCCAAUGUGAGGACUUUUUCGACUAUAAUGCACGCUUUAUGCGAGCGCGGUCGCAUUGAUGAGGCUUUGGGCUUGUUAGAGAGGAUGGAAAAGGAAGAUGUUGAACCAGAUGCUAUCGUGUUUAACACGCUGAUUUCGGGGCUCAGGAAGCAAGGAAGAGCUGACGAGGGGAUUGAGAUGUUUAAGAAAGUAAUGCUGAAAGGUUGUGAUCCGAAUCCAGGGACAUAUCAGGAGGUUUUGUAUGCUUUGCUUGAUGCUAAGAGAUAUUUAGAGGCUAAAGAUUUUAUGGCUGUUAUGAUUGAUAAGAGGGUGAAUCCAAGUUUUGAGUCUUAUAAGCUGAUAAUACAUAGCCUUUGUGAUGGGAAGCGUCUUGGCGAUUUAGACUGGGCGUUGAGGCAGAUGGUGAGACACGGAUUUGUGCCGAGGAUGGGUAUGUGGAGGCAGAUUCUUGGUUGCUUGUUUCCCGAUGGAGAUUGUUGUACUGCCUAUUCAUAUGAAGAAAUUCUUGCGGACUAAUCUACGAGGUUUAGAAAAUUAACUGAAUGGUAUUAAAAGUCCCAUUACGUGUUGUUAGAAGUAUCGCAUUGGUUGCAUGACGGGAAUUUAGUCUUCUGGUAUAGCUUUUGGAAAUCUUAUCUCAUGAGCUAGUUUUUGGGGUUGAAUUAGAAUUUAUUUCUUUUAUUUACAUGGUAUCAGACCCAUGCGCCAGUUGGCAGGGUCUGGGCGUGCCGCAUAGGGGGGGUGGGCGUGGUAUUAGAAGUCCCACAUUAGCUGUGAGAUAGGAAUUUGGUCUCCUAUGUUUGUUUUGGGCAACCCUUACCCCAUGAGAUAGUUUUUGGGAUUGAUAGAUCCUAUAUCCAUUUCUUAUCACUCCUACAGCUUCUGAGUUCAAAAUUUUCAUUCCAAGUGAAAGGACAAGAUGACGCACUACCACCAUGGUUGUCAGCACUACCACCAUAAUCACUAUCACCACCAUAAGCUGCCUUUGGAUAUGAAACUUUUCAAGGAUUUCCAUCUAUAUAUCCUCUUCCACCGGCUUUAGGGUUCCUUCAGCUUGGCAAUGCGAAACCACCUUCGACUGAAUAUGACGCAGGAGAGAUACCAGCGGAGCUAGGUAAUCUUAAGAAACUACGGUUGCUGGGAUUAAACAAGAAUGAGUUUACGGGUUCUAUCCCUACAAACAUUUUCAACAUAUCAGCACUGCAGAUCUUAGAUCUUUCUGUAAACAGGCUUUCAGGUCGUCUACCAUCCGAUUUUGGCCGUGGAAUUCCCAGCUUAGAAAAUUUUUCUUGCGGGUCGAAUAAUCUGAGUGGUUCUAUCUCUGCUUCAAUCUCAAAUUCUUCAAGACUCAGAACACUUUAUCUCUCGUUCAACAGUUUCACAGGUCCAGGAAUCGAAUAAUCUGAGUGGUUCUAUUUCUGCAUGCAUGAAUCCGUUAACUAAUUCAAUUCUUAUCUGAACAUCAUAAAAUUUAGAACCAUAAAUUGACUUCAUGAAUGAUUUACUAGUACUA